ACCCUGCCCUCCAAAACAAGAAAAAUCAGAUCGAAUUUCACUUGGGAACUUUUUGUAUUUCUCCAAGGAGGGGUAUGGUGGACAGGGCCAGGACUUCGUGUGUUAGAGAAGAAGGCUGGACGGAUGAAUAUGGUCUAUUUUGUGUGCUUUACAUAUGUUACUGAGCGUUAUGAGCUUUAUACUAUUUUAUGUAAUGAUUAGAUUCUGAGACACUGAGCAAUCUAAAUAAGGUCAUAUAACUACCAAAACUGGCACUGAGAUUUUAAUCCAUACACUUCCUUAAAAAUACUUUUCCAACCUUGCACAUUUGACCUAUUACAUCUACUGAUAUAAAUUCCUUUAACAUGUUCUAUACACAGGAAUCCAAAUUCUCUAGUAGCUAAUAGGAUUCAUCCUCCUGUAAUCAUGGGAAUUGAGUACAUGAGCUGGGUGUAAGCAGACAGAACAGGAAAGUUGAGCUUUCUCAAGACAUUUGAGUAGAUACAUUUUUACCCUACCUGGGGAAGGUAAUUGCAGUGGGUUGGGUAAAUUACAGCAGGACGAAGGCUUAAGGGUCCCCAAACUGGUUUUCAAACAGUUGUAUGCCUCUUUGCUUAAAAUGACUCCAGAAACAAACAAAAAAAAAAAAAACAAAAAAACUCCAUUAGGUUCACUCUUGCACAUCUACAAUUUGAGGAGCCCUGAUACGCAAUAUGGAACACAAACUUUCCUAACAAAGGCUGGGCAGCCUCAGUUACGGAGCUAACAGGUACUCUCGGGUUCUCCCAGGCCAGAAAUCGACUGCAUAUUGAAAAAGAUUUUGGCUGGGCGGAGGUGGUGCACGCUUUUAAGGACAAAGCUUAACAUUUUGUUAUGAAGCCCAAAAAUAGAACAAGUUCGAGUCCAGCAUUCAAGUUUCCAAACAAAAGAGGAUCCAGACCGGGCCAGCUCUGGGAGACUGGGAUAGUGGGGACCUCUAGGCUGAUAGUCUGGGAGCCCGGGACCAGACUCCACACUGAUAUUUGGUGCCAUCCACAAGAAGGCUAGCCACUAGGUGACCUUAAUGGGUAUCAAGGGCCCCAGACAUUUUCAUUUCUCCUGGAUUGCAAGAGUCCAAACGGCAGGCUGCAUGCGGACGGAAGGGGCGGGGCUCAAUACGGAAGUCCCUCGGCCAGCUCCAGUCACGUGGGAGAAGCUUCCACGCAUUGCUAACAUUCAGGAGGCAUGGCACUCUGGCGAGCAUACCAGAGAGCCCUGGCUGCACAUCCGUGGAAGGUCCAGGUUCUGACAGCUGGGUCACUGAUGGGCCUAGGUGACAUUAUCUCACAGCAGCUGGUGGAGAGGCGGGGUCUCCAGGAACACCAGACAGGCCGGACUCUGACCAUGGUGUCCAUGGGCUGUGGCUUUGUGGGCCCUGUCGUCGGAGGCUGGUAUAAGGUUUUAGACCGUCUUAUCCCCGGCACCACCAAGGUGGAUGCACUGAAGAAGAUGUUGUUAGAUCAGGGGGCCUUUGCCCCGUGUUUUCUAGGCUGUUUCCUCCCCCUGGUAGGAGUACUCAAUGGAAUGUCAGCCCAGGACAACUGGGCCAAACUACAGCGGGACUACCCUGAUGCCCUCAUCACUAACUACUAUCUCUGGCCUGCUGUGCAGUUAGCCAACUUCUACCUGGUCCCCCUGCAUUACAGGUUGGCUGUCGUCCAGUGUGUUGCUGUUGUCUGGAACUCUUACCUAUCCUGGAAGGCACAUCAGCUCUAAGCCUGCCUUCUUCCGUGGCUUACACCUUGCACUGAUGCAUCUUCACCCUGGAAUGCUUGGACAUGGUCCUCACAGAGAGCACAUCAGGACUGGUGGGUGGCUCAGCUGCUAACUAAGAACACGGACUGCUCUACACAGGGCCAAGUUUGGUUCCCAACAGCCAUAUCGGGUGGCUCACAACCACCUCAAGCUCCAGGAGAUCCGUGUCUUCUGGCCUCUCGGGCACCUGCACUCACACGCACAUACGCAUGAAUGAAGACGUACUCAUAAUAAAGCAUAAAAUAAAGUCUUUCUUAAGA